UAAAAAGUUUGGGAACCACUGGUUUAGAGAUCAAAGUUUCAUUAAAGUCUGCCCAGUUCAUGAGAAAUUUUGCCAAAUGACACACAAACUCAAGUGAGCUUCAUCUUACUUUCAAUUAUUAUUGUUUACAUGUGGAAAAAUAGCCUAGAUUAUUUUUUUCAUUGCAAACCAGCCCCCCCGCUGUCCGUCUCUCUCUAACAGCCCUGCUGCCAACUCCUCCAGCUUUACAAAUAUGAUAAGGCCCGAACUGCAAGAACUCUCCCAGCUCUACAGUAAUGGUUAACUAGAUAUCUCAACUGGGAGGGGGGAGGCGGCGGGUGGGAAUAGACAGCAGACAGACGUUUUUUUUCUGUUAUGUUCUUUGCGCGCCUUCGGUUGAAUUCAUUCAUAGCUGCAGGCAGAAUGGAGGAGACGUCGCAGCAAGAGAACAAACCGGAGCUGGGGCUUCAGAACCAGAAUGAGGAGGAAGGUGGGAUCCGCCGUCGACUGAGAGACAGGGACCUGCUCAGGAAGAGAAAAGCUGAGGCAGAAGAGAAGGAAACUAACCAGUGGGUUUUUGGGGCGGAGAACCAGAGGAAGAGACACAGAGCGGAGAGCAAGAGCGGCACCAAGAAGACAGGGAGGCCCAGGAAGGCCGAGCCCGCUCCAGUGCUCCCAGCUGUCCUGGAAGGGGCAGCUGGUGGGACUCAGGAGGACCCGGCUGUAGUGGUGGCCCCAGAACCUGCUGCCGCGUUCAUCUCGGAUCAGCUCUAUGAAUCUCUGGCCUCCAUCCAGGCGUCAGAGCCCCAACUGGCUCCUGCUCCUCCCGCGCCCAUGCUCCAAUCGGUCUUUGUUAAGUCGGCCGUGGAUCUGGCUCCUCUCCCAGGUCCCGUGGAUCCAGCUCCCCUCACAGCUCCUGGUCCAUCUCAAGACUCCGUCCCCACAGCAGGUCUCGCUCCUCCCUUGGCUCCUCCCCAGGUGGAGACCCUCUACACCGAAUCACAAGGCAGGGAGGCCCCUGACCAGGUGCUGGUUGAGGACUUGGGCCCAGAUGAAGAGGAGGAUGUUUCUCCAACACCAGAUCAAAGACCCAGUGAAGGUUUAAAUGAAACUCCGCAGAUCGUUGUUCCCGAACAAAACAAAUUCUACUCAGUUCCAACAGUAUCUGCUUCUCUUCUGCCUCAGGAAUACUUCCCAGGAAACUCAUUGUAAUCUUUUUUUUUAAUCAACUCUUCAGAUCAACAUCUGAAAAGUUCAGAACAAACAAAACCAGCAGGUCACACUUUGUGUCUGAGUAUUAUUUUGUUUGGGAUGCAUUUUAUUCACUGGAGAAAGUAAAUUGUUUGUUUGUGCGAAGCUUUUAUUAUUAUUUUUUUAAAGGCAUAAAUUCAAGCCCGACCUGUAUGGUUAUUUAUUCAAGAUGUGCUUUUACUGCAGAUUUUAUGAAUUCAAACUCGUAUUUUUUUUGUACUUUGCAUUCAGUGAACAGCAAAUUUAGCUUGCUUUAUUUAAGAGGAAGAAUAAACAGUAAUGCUUUUGUAAUUGUGGACUUUGAUUUUGUAAAAAAGACAUUCAAUUAAAUUACCUGCUCACAUCAUAAUUGUGUUUUUAA